UUCGCCAAACAAUUGUCACAAGACGACGAUGAAGAAAAUUUAAAAACAAGCAGUCAGUCAACAAGCUGCAUUCCCGACGUGCCCACCAAGUUCCCGUAUGACAUGUCCCACAAGUCACCCGGCAAAGCGGUCAUUGUCAACAACGUGAGCUUUAAGUGGCUGAGAGAAAGGAAGGGAAGCGACAAGGACACAGCCGACCUGGGAAAUGCCCUGCAACGUUUGCGAUUCAAGACGGAAAUACACAAGGAUUUGAAUCGUGUCAAACUUCAGAAAGUUUUCACAGAUGUGUCUACAGAAGAUCACAGUGACUGCGACUGUUUAAUAUUUUGCAUUAUGACGCAUGGCGAUUCAGGCGGCAAAAUACAUUGCACAGACGGUUCCCUGCACUUGGACGACCUGAUGCAAGAUUUUAAGGGAGAUCGGUGCAAAAGUCUUGCUGGAAAGCCCAAAGUCUUUGUCAUUCAGGUAAAAUAAGCGUG